AAUCGCUGUACAUGUCCAACUUCCAAAUUUUCAUCGGGUCGACCAACAACACCAGCCCCAGAGAAGACGCCACCAACAAACUCUGCUCAGACUACCCCCUCUCAAAUCCCCCUAUACCCCCGGCAACCAACGUCACAAUUUUGUGUUUUCCGACCUCUAUUUCGGGGAGAUUCGUUACUUUUUGGAGGUCGUCAGGGGGCUUCAGACCCGAUGCCCUCUCUAUUUGUGAGAUUUUCGUCAUUGCUGAAAAACAUUCUGGCAGUGGAAAUCAAAUAGGAACAACAACAACAUCAUCAUCAACAACAACAACAAUAACUGCAACGUCAACCUCUACAACUACGUUUUCCAACAACUCAACGACAAAACAAUUUCCACCUACAACUUUUUCAUUUGUUAUUCCAACGACAUCAACAUCAACAUCAACAACUCCUACUACUACUACUACGUCUACUACAUCAACAACAACAACUACAACUCUAACAAAGUUUACCUACAGUUCAUCAUCUUUAAAUUUUUCCACAACGCCAAACUCAGCACCAAAUUGUCCGUCUGAUAAAUUCCAGUGUAGCAAUGGUGAUUGUAUAGACUCCAGUUGGAGAUGCGACAAACAGUUGGACUGUGAGGACUCCAGCGAUGAAGUCGACUGUGCAUGUACGAACGGGGAAAUGAAGUGCGUUCCGACGGGGCUGUGCGUGCCCCGGGAGAAAAUUUGCGACGGCAUCAAGAGCUGUCCGGACAACAGUGAUGAAGUUAACUGUAAGUGCCAACCCACUCAGUACAAGUGCCUGGACGAUGGGACGUGUAUACACAAUGACUGGCUGUGUGAUGGAAUCAGAGAUUGUGCUAAAGGUGAUGACGAAGAUGGCGUCAGAUGUUCCGCUUGCAGUGCUAACAAGUUUACGUGCAAGAACAGGCGAAACUGUCUGAGCAC